AUGACAUUGAUAAAUGAAUGCCUGAAUUGCUCUAUUUUCCGAUGGUCAGGACAGUACUACCGACAACUUAGAGGUCUAGCUAUGGGACAAAGGCUGGCACCCACUCUCGCCAUUGUUUUCAUGGCCAAGACCGAAAAGCCUAUAAUAGACCGAAAACCACUGCUGUAUUAUCGUUACAUAGACGAUUGCUGCGUCAUCUGCUCAACACAAGCAGAACUAGACACGUGCUUCAAUCUUCUCAAUCAGCAGUGUCCGCACAUUAAGUUCGCAAGGGAGAGACCUAUAGACAACUGGUUGGCUUUCUUGAAUGUGCACAUUUACUUGCGGAAUGAAAUGUAA